AACGAUGCGAUGCGCUACCUCGACGCUGGUGGCCCCUCCGCAGUCCUGAAACAUCUGGCAUAAUCUGUUCUGUUCCUCUUCAAGCUGGCUCUGCAUCUGACCUUCCUCUGCUCCAGGGGUGGUCUGUGAUAUCUGUGCCUUUUUUUUCGUUUUUUUGUGCGUUUCCUUUGGCGUGGGAGGGGGUUUCGAUUUCUGCCUCAGCGCCCACUGCCGCACGUGAACCCCUGACCGAUCGGAUUUCGACUCGCCCUAGAAUUCGCGGCGUGCUUUCGUGUCUGAGUGUUUUCGUACUGCCACUUGCCCCAUUCUAGGGGACUGCACCAACUGUUCGUGAUAGACGCAGUUCAUCUAGCAAGCAGCCAACAUGGCGUCCUCGAGCUCAACCGGCUCCAACACCAUCAAGGUGGUUGCGAGAUUUCGGCCGCAGAACAAGGUUGAGCUCGCAUCCGGAGGUGAACCAAUCGUCGAGUUCGAGACUGAGGACACAUGUAAGAUUAAUUCCAGGGAAGGCCAAGCCGCCUUCACGUUUGACCGCGUGUUCCCGAUGGACUCGCGGCAAACAGAUAUCUUUAACUUCUCUAUUCGGUCGACUGUGGAUGAUAUCCUCAAUGGAUACAACGGAACCGUCUUCGCGUACGGUCAAACUGGUGCCGGUAAAUCAUAUACCAUGAUGGGUUCCGACAUCGACGACGAUGAGGGCAAAGGUAUCAUUCCCCGCAUCGUCGAGCAGAUCUUCGCCAGCAUCUUGUCCAGUCCCAGCAACAUCGAGUAUACGGUACGAGUCAGUUAUAUGGAAAUUUACAUGGAGCGCAUCCGUGAUCUCUUGGUGCCUCAGAAUGACAAUCUCCCCGUUCACGAGGAGAAGUCGAGAGGUGUCUACGUCAAGGGCCUCCUGGAAAUCUACGUCUCCAGCGUGCAAGAAGUCUACGAGGUGAUGCGACGUGGUGGAGAAGCAAGAUCCGUGGCGGCAACGAACAUGAACCAGGAAUCCUCGCGAUCACACUCGAUCUUCGUCAUCACGAUCACCCAGAAGAAUGUCGAAACUGGCUCGAUGAAGAGUGGACAGCUGUUCCUGGUCGAUUUGGCUGGUAGUGAGAAGGUUGGAAAGACAGGUGCAAGUGGUCAGACCCUCGAGGAAGCCAAGAAGAUCAACAAGAGUUUGAGUGCUCUUGGUAUGGUCAUCAACGCUUUGACGGACGGGAAAUCUUCCCAUGUCCCGUAUCGUGACUCGAAACUCACCCGUAUCCUGCAGGAGAGUUUGGGAGGUAACUCGCGGACAACUCUCAUCAUCAAUUGUUCUCCUAGCAGCUACAACGAUGCAGAAACAGUUUCGACAUUGAGAUUCGGUGUACGAGCCAAGGCAAUUAAGAACAAGGCAAAGAUCAAUGCGGAGCUCAGUCCUGCGGAGCUCAAGCAGCUGCUCAAGAAAGCCCAGAGCCAGGUUACUAGUUUCGAGAACUACAUUUCCAGCCUGGAAGGGGAGGUUCAGCUAUGGCGAAGUGGCGAGGCUGUUCCCAAGGAGCGUUGGACGCAGGCUAGAAGCAUCGAGGGCAUUGGAGCCGCGAGGCCCGAUGCCCGUCAGCGCCCCGGAACCCCAUCAAGACUGCAGGAGGCUCGUGCCGAGACCCCUAGCCGGCCUGACUCACGGCUAGGUGAGCGUGCUGGUACGCCCAGUAUUGUGCUGGAGAAGGACGAGCGCGAGGAGUUCUUGCGGCGGGAGAACGAGCUGCAAGAUCAGCUGGCGGAAAAGGAGACUCAUAUUUCUAACGUCGAGAGAAGCUUGCACGAUGCCCGAGAGGAGCUCAGGACCAUAAAAGAGAAUGCCUCUAGGACAUCGAAAGACAACGAGAAACUUAACACUGAGGUUAACGAAUUGCGGAUGCAGCUCGAAAAGGUGUCCUAUGAGAGUAAGGAAGCGUCCAUCACCAUGGACAGUCUCAAGGAAGCCAACGCUGAGCUUACUGCCGAGUUGGAUGAAAUCAAGCAGCAGCUCUUGGAUGUUCGGAUCAGUGCCAAGGAGACUAGUGCUGCUCUUGAUGAGAAGGACCGCACGAAGGCGGAGAGGAUGGCGAAGAUGAUGGCCGGCUUCGAUCUGGGGCUCGAUGUCUUUUCGGACAACGAGAGAAAGAUCCAAAAGCUCAUCGAGCGAGUCGACUCACUCUACCAGCACAGUUCUGCUGGCGAGGCUGUUGCUCCAGAUGAGUUCGCAGAGCUGCGUGCCAGUCUCCUCGAGACUCAAGGCUUCGUGAGACAGGCGGAGCUGACGAUGAACGACCGGAGCGAGAUGUCCGAGCUGCAGGACAGCCGGGUGGUGGAACUUGAGCAGAAGUUGACUGACCUCGAACACGAAUACGAGCAGAUCCUCGAGCGCAACUUGGGCGAGAGCGACAUUGAGGAGAUCCGCCAGCGUCUGGAGAAGGCAUACAUCAGCCAGCGCGAUCAUGAGAUGCAGUCCGCGGAGGCCCUCAGGGCUGAGCUUACUCGCCGGGAUGAGGAGUUGAAGAAGCUGCGCGACGAACUGGCUGAGGCUCAGCGCGCCUCUGCCAAUGGCACGGCGGGAUCCGCAGCUGUGAACAGCAAGACGCUGCAGCAGCAGAUCGCUGACUUCGACAUCAUGAAGAAGUCGCUCAUGCGUGACCUUCAGAACCGCUGCGAGCGUGUUGUUGAACUCGAGAUCUCCCUUGAUGAGACGCGGGAGCAGUACAACAAUGUGCUGAAGUCCUCUAACAACCGCGCUCAGCAGAAGAAGAUGGCGUUCCUGGAACGCAAUCUCGAACAACUGACCCACGUGCAGCGCCAGCUCGUGGAGCAGAACAGCAGCCUGAAGAAGGAAGUUGCUAUCGCCGAACGAAAGCUGAUUGCACGCAACGAGCGGAUCAGCAGUCUGGAGAGCUUGCUCCAGGACAGCCAGGAGAAGCUAACGGCUGCUAACCACAGAUUCGAAGCGCAGCUUACAGCUGUCAAGGAGCGUCUCGAAGCAGCCAAGCAGGGUUCCACUCGGGGUCUUCCCUCCAUGGACGCCGCUGGGGGCUUCAGCUUCGGCGGUUCCAGGAUCGCCAAGCCGCUUCGUGGCGGUGGUGGUUCUGAUGCCAACGGGAGUGCUGCUAUUCCUACAGUAUCUGGACUCCAGUCUGAGGGAUCUGGUAAGCGUAGCAGUUGGUUCUUUGACCGUCGGUGAACAACAGAUCCUGGUGGGGACCAUGGCCACAGUCUCACUCGGCCAGUUUCUUUUUUGGCUUUUUGGAUCCAAUGACUUCCGUUCUGUUGUUCAGUCCACUGUCACGCAUUUUCUGGUGGGAAUGUUCACAUGUUUCAUCGCCCCGCGCUUCCUGCUUGUGACCCUCUAAGAUUGAGCCCGUCCCUUAUCGCUCCUCCACUCCCCACCACUACAUUGAUACCCGAUCUAUGAAGAGAUGGAUCAUAGAGAGCGCGUUGCGAUCAGCAUGCCUCCUCGGAUCAUGGCCCGACUGUCUUGACGAGUCUCUUGCCUUCUCUCUUUUUCUCCCAGUUACGCCGGUGAUGCUAUCUUUUUUCCAUGAUAUAGGCGCGAGCUUUGAAAUGACUGACGGGUAUGUUGCGAUGGGAGGUUAGCAGCUAGAGCUUUAUAUGUAGAUAAAUAGAAACA